AUGAAUCUGACUUUGAAAGUCUUGUCCUGCGCACCUAGGGCCUUCGAAAUCGAAAACUUCCUAUCUCGACAGGAAGUUGAGCAUAUUGUGCAACUUGCUUCGGGUGUUGAUCUCAAACUCUCGUCUACCGGUGACAUAACUGGUCACAAGGAAACACCCAAAGAAUUACAGACAGACUCCCGACGCACACGAACUUCCUAUAACUCUUGGGUACCGCGCGAAAAGUCACCGAUCAUCGACGCAAUUUACCGGCGGGCUGCCGACGUCAUGCGCAUUGAUGAAGCUCUCCUCCGUCAUCGUAGCGACCAUACCGAAUGGACCAACUUGACUUCUACCAAGCCUUUGGCAGAACAGCUACAACUGGUUCACUAUGGACCCGGCCAAGAGUACACGGCCCAUCAUGACUUCGGCUUCUCGCGCAUCGAUGAUCAGUUUCAAGGGGCCCGCUUUGGAACUUUACUUUUGUACUUGAAUGAGGGCAUGACAGGAGGAGAAACGAGCUUUCCACGAUGGUCGAAUGCAGAAACAUUUCAUGAACUAUCCAUCAAACCCGAAGUCGGCAAAGCGGUCUUGUUUUACAGCCAACUUCCUGACGGUAAUCUUGAUGAUCUCUCCCACCAUGCGGCGAAACCUGUCACGGAUGGAGAAAAAUGGUUGAUCAACUUGUGGACAUGGGACCCCAUUUACGAUUGA